AUGGUCGAUUUAGAUGAACAACACGCCAGACCUCGCUAUCCCUUUUAUUACCGGAAUCCUUCAUUUCAUGGAAGGCGGGAAAUUCGAAGUGAAAGCAAGAUGGAUCACCAUAAGAUUCAUCAUGAAGCAAAGUCAACCUGUACGGAGGCCAGCGUUUCGCUCACAAGAUCGCCGAUGCGUAGACACAUUCAACCGUUCAGGCGUGAUUAUGCAAGCACAUCCAACGUGCUGCGACUAAUAGUUGCAGCACACACGGCUCAUACGUCAAAUGUCUAG